GCAAUCGAGGAAGCCUCACCGCGUCCUUCCGAAAUCGAACCUCCUACCAUACCAACCUGGCGAUUGACUCUCCUCAUAAUCAGCCUCUGCAUCGGUCUCUUCCUCUCCCUCCUCGACACCUCCAUAGUAGCAACGGCUCUCUACAGUAUCUCCAUCGACUUCAACGCCACCCGCUCUUCCACCUGGGUAGCCCUCUCCUACACCCUGACCUACCUCGGUUUUGCCGUCCCCUUUGCAAACCUCAGCGAUGUCAUCGGUCGUAAGCAUACAUGGCUCCUAGCCUUCAUCCUCUUCUUUGCUUUCUCUCUAGCAUGUGGGUUUGCUAAGACGCUUGCUCAGUUGGUGGGGUUUAGAGCUGUGCAGGGGGUGGGUGGGAGUGGAUUGUAUUCGUUGACGAUGAUAUUGUUGCCGGAGAUUGUUGAGGAGAGGAAGAAGAAGUGGAUUGGUGCUGUGGCUGGGUUGGUUGUUGCGGUUGCGGGGGUUAUGGGACCGGUUGUGGGAGGUGUGGUUACGAGGUAUACGACUUGGAGGUGGGUGUUUUGGAUCAAUGGGCCUAUCGGUGUUAUUGCUGCAAUUUUGUUUCUCCUUACCUGGCCUGGCGAGGAUAUGAUGAAGCAUCCACCUCGUCGUUCCUGGAAACGUCUCGACUUCCUAGGUUCCUUCCUACUCAUCGCAGCCUCCGUCCUCGUAGUCUUUGCUUUCCAACAAGCCGGGCUAACCCCAAACUCCUGGACCAAAGCCAUCUUCCUCGCCCCCUUACUCAUAGGCCUCCUCUGCUGGUCCCUCCUCUUCAUCUGGGAACUCUUCGCCUCCACCCACUCCAUCUCCACAAUCCUCCCUCCUCGCCUCCUCAAACGUCGUAUCUACACUUCCGCCGUCAUCGUCACCACAUUAACGGGGUUUGCAAACUUCAUCGCCAUCUACAGUCUCCCCCUGCACUUCCAAAUCGUCAAUGGAACUUCCUCACUCACAGCAGGAGUAGCACUACUGCCUAUGCUCGCAUCCGCAGCGGUAGGAAGUAUACUAGGCGGCCUCACUGCUUCCCACUCUUUCCCUGCUCUAGCGAUCGCAAGCGCGUUGAUGGCAUUAGGCAGUGGGUUGCUGUCUACACUGUCUGUACAUCAUGGUGUCCAAGCUAAAACUUAUGGGUUUGAGGUACUACUAGGAUUGGGAUUAGGGUUAUCGAUCUCAAGCUCGACAUUGGUGGCGGCGACGAAUUGUGAGCGUGGGGAUCAUGCUGUUGCGCAGGGGAUUGUGGCACAGGCGAGAGUGUUGGGUGGAAGUAUUGGGAUUGCGGCGUCUAGUGCGAUUUUGGGGGUCAUGAGUACGAGGAAGACGACUUUGGGACAAGUGGUAGAUGAGAGAGUGGCAUAUGCUGAUGCGUUCUGUAAGACGAUGUGGGUAUCUGCUGUGGUAGCUUGUGUGGCUUUGAUAUUCUCCGUGGGCACGUACAAUAAA